CUAAAUUGGUUUUGAUCCUCUAGAGUCUAGAGCAGUUUGAUAGACAACUGCAUGCUUGACGCGUCAAAAUUUGAACCAUGCCUGGACUACUACUUGGAGAAUUGUUUCCUAAUUUUGAGGCCGAAACCACCACUGGAAAAAUAAAAUUCCACGACUUCCUGGGUGACUCUUGGGGUAUCCUGUUCUCUCACCCCCGUGACUAUACGCCUGUCUGCACCACAGAGCUAGGGCGAGCCACCACACUCUGCUUAGAAUUCAGCAGGCGCAACGUGAAGAUGAUUGCCCUGUCCAUCGACAGCUUGGAGGACCACCAUGGCUGGAUCAAGGACAUCCUGGCCUAUAACACUGAGGGGUGUGGCGGUGCCUUCCCGUUCCCCAUCAUAGCAGACCAUCACAGGGAGCUGGCAGUAGGCCUUGGCAUGCUGGACCCAGAGGAAAAGGAUGAGCAUGGCAUGCCCCUAACUGCCCGCUGUGUUUUUGUCAUUGGCCCGGACAAGAGGUUGAAGCUAUCUCUGCUCUACCCUGCCACAACGGGCCGGAACUUCGAUGAGAUCCUCAGAGUGAUUGACUCCCUGCAGCUCACAGCACACAGCCGAGUGGCCACCCCUGCUGACUGGCAGCCUGGUGAACGUGUGAUGGUUCCUCCAACCAUGCCAGAAGAGGAGGCAGCAGCCAUGUUCCCUGCUGGGGUCUACACCAAAGACCUGCCCUCAGGGAGGAGGUACCUACGAUAUACACCUCAGCCACAAUGGCGGCAGAGUCACACCGAUAGUCACUCAGCCACUGAUCCAAACACACAGGGAGAGGAGGUGGUGAAAGAGAAAGAGAGAAAAGAGAAAGAGGAGAGAGAGAAAGAGGAGGAGGAAAAGGAUGCCAGACCUUAUGAUGGUGGAGUGCUGAUUAUAUCACAAGAUGACUAGAAGUAAUCUCACCCGUACUGUUAAAAAAAUGUUUUAAUGACGUUGGAAAUAAUGAUACACAUAUAAAUCACUGUAGCGACCCUGUGUUCAUGAAAAUGGAUAUUCCUUACUUCAGCAUGGUUUUCUGGAACCCGAACGUGUCAGUGCCACUCAGGCCAGCAGGUUGAUGACCACCAGGGAUGGCUCGCUCACCUGCAUGCAGUAUUGACGUUUCAAUGAUAUGACAAUAAUCACCAUCUGGUUGGUGUAGGUAACACAUGCUCUACCAUUAAAAUACCUGUUUCCAACAGUUCACCCCACAACCAAUAACCGAGGCCUUCCCACAUGUCUGACUUAGGGAAAGAAAAACCCCUAACCCUCACUGAAAUAGCAAAAAGAAAACUUUGACAAACCACCUUUUUUUGAAUACCCAGUAAAUGUAAAACUGUUCCUAAAUACUGAUAAUUGGAUUUAUAAAGUUGAAUGUACAGUUUUCAGGUGAUGAUAAACAGGUGUGCUGCCUUCUGUUUAAUUGUGAUAUUAUUAAUAAACUAUUAUGAACAGCAAUACAGCCUCUAGUUUCACUUCCACCCUACAUUUUG